AUGAAGCUUACUGCCGUUAUUUUCUUCUUCAUCGUCGGCUUCAGCUCCUCUACGUCCAUUCAAGAGGAUGAUAUCUACGAAGAUUUCGAGCCAUUUUUAUAUACGACUACUUCCAGCCCGAUGUGGGAGAUGCCGUCUUCCGGAGAUUUGUUGAUCGACAUGGUCGUUGCCAUUGCCGCAUUCGUUCUCUUCGCGUUGAUCGUCGCUGUCUGCGUGUUUCCCCGUCGUGGAAGUCGAGUUGAAUUCUAA